UGAGACAGGGACCUUUAUGACGUCACAUCAGGGGUAAGGGUCACUAGAAGAUUCGGUUGCCACAUACCCCAGUGUGUCGCACUUGGCAGUGUUUUGGGUGUCAAACGGCGGCUUGUGAUAUCGGCAGCACUCCGACAGCAACUAGAAGACAUGGCGCGCCUGGUAGCUGUUUGCAGGGAUGAAGAGGACUACCGGUUCCUCGCAAGACAAAUUCCUCUCUAUAUUGAUGACUCCCUGACGAUGGUGAUGGAGUUUCCUCACACUGUGUUGCACUUUGACAGUCAUCAGACCAGCAGUUCACAAAUUAAGGCAUUUAUUGAGCGUCACGGCAUGCUUAAGCAGCAGGACCUGUGCAUGGCCCUGAUGGUGAUGUCACGUGAAGUGUUUAGCGCUCUCUCCCAGCUGGUGCCCUGCGUAGGCUGCAGACGCAGUGUCGAGCGCCUCUUCGCUCAGCUCACAGACUCUGGCUACUUUGCCCUGGAGCCGCUGACUGUGGGCUCAGCUGGCGUUCUGUCAGUCGCCAGGGCCUGUCUCGCAGACCCCCGCAAACUCUACACACUAUUCUACGUCCACGGGUCAAAGUUGAAUGACGUCAUUGAUUCCAUUCCCAAAAGCAAAAAGAACAAGCGCUGUCAGUUGCAUUCUUUAGACACACACAAGCCCAAACCUUUGGGAGGGAGCUGGAUGGAUGUAUGGGAGCUGAUGUCUCAGGAGUGCCGGGACGAGGUGGUUCUGAUCGACAGCGCUUGUUUACUGGAGACGCUGGAGACGUACUUGCGUAAACACAGGUUUUGCACAGACUGUAAAAACAAGGUGCUGAGGGCCUACAACAUCCUUGUGGGUGAGCUGGACUGCAGUAAAGAGAAGGGCUACUCCGCCACCCUCUACGAAGGCCUGCGCUGCUGCCCACACGAGCGCCACAUCCACGUCUGUUGCGAGACAGAUUUUAUAGCUCACCUGCUGGGCCGAGCUGAGCCAGAGUUCGCUGGGGGAUAUGAGCGCAGAGAGAGGCACGCUAAGACCAUCGACAUUGCACAGGAGGAAGUCUUGACGUGUCUGGGGAUCCACCUCUACGAGCGGCUACACCGAAUCUGGCAAAAGCUGCGGGCUGAGGAGCAAACAUGGCAGAUACUUUACUACCUCUGUAUCGACGCGCUACGCAAAAGCUUUGAGAUGGCAGUAGAAAAGGUGCAGGGAAUCAGCCGGUUGGAACAACUCUGCGAGGAGCUAUCUGAGGAGGAACGCGCAAAAGAGCUUAAGCAGGAAAAGAAGAGGCAGAAACGCAAGAACCGACGCAAAAACAAGUGUGGCUUUGACAUGUCUGAGCAAGAGACCAAGGGCUACAAAGAAGAGAGCUUGGAGGAGGGUUUAGACGAUACGGUGAACACUGGCUGCAAGUCCUGUGGCAACAGGGAGGAGUCUGAAGGAGGUGUGGAGUCUAUCGUCUCUAUUGAGAGCGCCCCCUGCAGCUGUCCUGCCACCACUAUUUUGGGUUCGCCCAAAAGCAAAAACGGUUUGUUAUCUCAUAGUCAUGGCAGCGACUGUGGCUAUUCCUCCAGUAUGGAAGGCAGCGAGACGGGUUCCAGGGAAGGGUCAGAUGUGGCCUGCACAGAGGGAAUGUGUAACCAUGAUGAAACGGCUGAGUACUCGUGCAGUCACCGUUGUUUGGAGGACAAAGAGGAGGACGGUGCGGACAGCUGUGUGGAGUGUUGGGCAAACUGUGAAGAGCACGCCAAAGGCAAGAACAAGAAGAAAAAAAGGAAGAGCAGGGCGUUUCUAAAUGCGAACGAGCACCACGGACCCCAGACAGACGUAUGUCCAUCAGACAGCAGCCGGAGAGGAGAUCCGAAUGUCUCGCCUAGCUCAGAAAACGCCCACGUUCCCUCUGCCUCAUCCACACACAGCUGCCAGAGCACACAGACGCCUUGUGCGAAGCUGUGCUGUGGCCCGUACUACAAUGCUGGCUUGCAGCUGCCUUGGGCCAAACAACAGCUAACGAAUGGCAUGAACCACCAGACUCCUUAUACCUGUCCACAGGGGCCCUGUACCACCAAAAGUCUCAUGGAGCUGCUGCAGGACGAGGCAGAAAUGUCAUCAGACGAAGAAAACUGCCUGACACAAGAUGAGAUCCAGUCGUUCGUAGAGGAGAACAAGUCUUUCUACAGCACACGAGACCAGUACAGACAGCACCUGAAGGACCGAUUCACCAAAUACUGCCACUCCAGCGUGUGCAGUGUCAAAUAAAUAAACACCAAGGGCACACACACACACACACACACACGAUUUUUACUGAUUUGGGGGGAUGCUCACAAUUACCCCUGCUGCAGAAGGAGGGGGGGAAAAAAAGGGGGGUAAAAACCAGAAUGAAUUCUUGAGCCAUGUCUCAUUAAAGUUUAAUUGUAUUUGUUGGUAAAGGUUAAGUGGUCGCAUUACUUUUUUCUCUCUCUUCUUCUCUCUUUAUAUUUUCUUCUUGCUCUUUGCUCAUUUUCCCCUCAUCUCUCACUUGCACUCAGGUGUAGUUUGUUAGCUGUUUUUUCUAGAUUUAUUGAUUCUAGGAGCGGGGUACAUAAGAUCACGGUGGAAGCGACGAGAUUGCGAGCCGUCACCGUAGCGAUGCCGGUAGUCUUUCUAGUCUUAUCGUUUAUUAAACAUGUCCCUUUAUUUUUCCAGUUCAUCUCACUACCUGAGACUCUUCAUUUUAGUGGCAAAUCGUUGUACCAAUAAAUGUGUACAGAAAUGAAAUUAUCUGAAUAUAAAGAUUUUACAGAGAGAUACACAUCCAUUUAUAAGGAGGCUUGGGUGGAAUGUUGAGCGCAAUGUGCAAAAUUGACAUAAUAAAGAAUAUUUAUUAAUAUGCAUUAA